AUGGGGGCGUACAGUAACUUUGUGAACAAGAUUAAAGCUAUUGGUAUUCGGAAUCAGGUUGUCCGUGAAUCGUUGGCUGAGUUCAUUGGCACGUUUAUUCUUAUUACAUUCGGAGAUGGUUCGGUGGCACAGUCGGUUCUCAGUCGAGGUGAAAAAGGCGAAUAUCUUUCCAUCAACUGGGGAUGGGGUAUAGCUGUUGUUAUGGGAGUACAUUUCGCCUCUGGCGUAUCAGGAGCUCACAUCAAUCCAGCUGUGACUUUAGCUAUGGCAACUAUCGGAAGAUUUGAUUGGGUAAAAGUUCCCCUUUAUUGGUUGAUGCAAUUUCUCGGUUCAUUUGCAGCGUGUGGAUGUUUAUACGGAGUAUAUUAUGAUGCAAUAGAGGAUUUUGAUGGCGGCGAACGACAAGUAUAUGGUCCUAACGCCACUGCCGCUAUAUGGGCAACGUAUCCACAAGAUUAUGUUACCAUAGAAACAGGUUUAGGCGAUCAGAUUUUUGGAACCAUGUUGCUGCUGGGUUGUAUAAUGGCAAUAGUGGACACGAGAAACAACAAGCCGCCACAUGGUAUGGAGCCUCUGCUGAUUGGGUUGGCAGUCUUUGUUAUAGGAUUGGCUUUUGGUCAUAACUGUGACUAUGCUAUCAACCCAGCAAGGGAUUUGGCACCACGUACUUUCUCAUACUGGGUCGGAUAUGGGGCAGAGGUUUGGACGCCUAAUGGUAUAAACUGGUGGUGGGUGCCAGUUGUAGGUCCACUAAUAGGAGGUGUAUGUGGGGCGCUUAUUUAUAUUGUAUUCGUAGAAGCCCAUCAUCCUGAUGACAAGGAUUCGCAUAGUCUGGAUCAGAACGAGUUUACCCUAAAAGAUUUAACACAGGAAGAAGGUACAGAUCAAGCAACAUGUACUGUGAGCAAAUCCAAUGCCGGAUUUGAAGAAGAAUAAAAAGUCAGGCUGUUAAAACCUACCACAUGUACAGGAAAUGAUUCACUAAAUUUAUUAUAUCAUUUAUAUAAAUAUAUAUAUUCAUACGGAGCAAAAGUAGUAACGUACCAUUCGCAUAAAAACGGCCAUACAUAUAACGUGGGUAACUCCGAAUUCGUUGUUUAAAAAAACCCCACUGUAAUCACCG